GAGGAGCUGCGAAGGGGAAUUCGGGACGGUUUCUCAGGGACAGUGCCAAAGAUUCCACUUAUUCCUUUAUUUUCGCCUCACCCUUGUUCUUCCCAUUUAACUGCUUUCAUCGCUAUAUUCGCCUCACCUAUGGGUUCUAUUCCGCCUGCUUCUGUUAGGGAAGUGCUUUCAUCUUAGUUCUGCCCACCUCUUUAUUUUACCAUGAUAUGUGCAAUGCAGCAUACCUGGAGGGCUGCACGGUUGCCAGUGCUCCCUGUUUCUUGCUUGGCUAUUGCAAGAAUGGGAGCACAUCAAAUGGCAGAAGCUGUACAACACAAAAAAACUGUUCUCAAGUCUGUUAAAGAAAUUCCAGGCCCUCCGACCUUCCCUGUGAUCGGGUGUUUACCGACCUUGUUUAUCUUUGGAAUGACUUACCCUAUGAAGUCCAUUCACAAGAUGUUUCUGGACUUGUCAAAGAAGUACGGACCCAUAGUGAGGUUGGAAAACCCACAGUUCCCACCUGCGGUCAUGGUGACUGACCCCAUCUACAUAGAGGCAAUGAUCAGAAUCACCAUGGACAAUCCAUUACGAUAUGGCUUCUUUUCUCUAAAGAAAAUCAGAUAUGAAGCAAUAGACAACUACUUUGAGAAAAAAGGAGGUCUUCUUGUUGAGAAUGGUGAUGAGUGGUGGCGUGUGCGAAGUCGGGUUCAGACUCCUAUGUUGAGAUCUAAGAAUGUGAGUUCCUAUUUGCCUGAGGUGGACCAAGUCACCCUUACCUUUGUGGAAAGGAUGGCCUCACUUCAGAAGCAGCAUGGUGAGAUGCCCAAAGAUUUCCAGACUGAAUUGUACAAGUGGGCUCUAGAGUGUGUGGGGCUGGUGGCUCUUAACCGUCGCCUUGGAUGCCUGGCAUCUGAUAUACAUGAAAACUCUGAGCCCAUGAGACUCAUCAACCUGGUAAAUGAUCUCUUCAAAUCUUUGCAUCAGAAUGAGUUUGGUUUACACUUAUGGCGCUUCUUUCCCACAAAAAGCUUCAGAACUCUGAGAGAAAAGCAUGAUGAAUUUUUAAGACUAGCAGACAGCAAUAUUUGUGAGACUGAGAAAUUGCUAUCAGCUAGGGGUACAGAGAACCAAGAAAUCACCUUAUUGGAGAGGUUGCUUAUGGUGCCUGGUCUCUCCCGCAAGGAUGUUGUAACCCUCAUCCUUGACAUGCUAUUUGCUGGCAUAGACACAACUUCUCACACCAUGGCAUUCACACUGUACCUUCUGGCACGCAAUCCUGAAGUGCAAGCAAAGUUGCAGCAGGAGGUGGACACUGUGGUGGGUAAACACGAUGGGCCACUUACUGUGCGUCAUCUGGCUCAAUUUUCAUAUAUGAAGGCAGUCAUCAAGGAGUCAUUCAGAAUUUUCCCUCUUGUAAUUGGCACCAGUCGAACUCUAGACAAAGACCUAAUCCUUGAUGAUUACUUGAUUCCUAAAGGUUGGUCUGUGCUUGGCAUCAACAUGGCUACAGGAUGGGAUGAAGCAUACUUCCCAAGGGUCAAGGAAUUUGUGCCUGAACGCUGGCUGAGACACAAGCCACUAGGGCCCAUUCACCCCUAUGCUGUCCUGCCCUUUGGAACUGGUACAAGAAUGUGCAUUGGUAGGCGCCUCGCUGAGCAAGAAAUGUAUGUCUUCCUUGCAAGGGUGAUGCAGCGGUUCACUGUUGACUACCAGUAUGAGGACAUAGAAGGUCUCACCAGCAUGGUGUUUGUUCCAUCACAACCACUAAGAUUCAAUCUCACUGAGCGGUCCUGAUUAUCUUGUUUAUGAUAUCAAGAGAGGAAGGAGAGAUUCAACUAAACAAAAUUAAGUUCAUAUUGAUGAUGAAGAGUGGCCUCUGCAGGGUCACUUAUGAUCCCUGAAACUGUAGCUAACAUAUAGAAUUACAAAGGACUGGAAGCAAGAAAGUAAGGAAAGGCAACACUACAUGGAAAUAUUGUUCCAACAGAGAAUUUGAUGGUGAUAGUAUUAUUUGGUAGUCCAAUGAUAAUAAUAAUAAUAAUAAUAAUAAUAAUGGUAAUAAUAAUAAUGAUAAUUAUGAUAAUAAUAAUAAUAAGUAGAUGAACCAACAAGGAUCUUAGCAAGCAUAUUCAUACUCCUGGAGCAAACUGUUAUGAAUUGCUUGGUAUGUGGGGAGCGAGUCACAUUCAGGAAACAGUUAGAUACACACACCUGGCUCACUCAUUCAGUGUUAGAAUCAAGCCAAUGUUUAACGUGGCUCAACAUUCUUCCUCUUCACCUCGGCUCACCAUUACUUCUAACAGACAUUCUAUACAAAAUUCCAGUUAGUCACUCUGUUUAGUUGCAGGCUUGUGCACUAAUAGGUAUUUAGCAUCCUGUGUGUCUGUUUAAACAAAAGUAAUACUGAUGAGCUGGCACUGGUCUUUAUAUGCCUGUUAGUCAAACUAUUAUUUUGUGAUGAAUAUCCUAGCUGACAUAUAACAACAGACCCCUGUCCCCAUAUCAUCUGUUAUAUGCAUAUGUUACCAUCAAAUGGUGUUGAUGUGGAUUAUAUGGAAUUAUAUGGUUAUUAAUUACUGUAUAUAAUAUAUAUUCCUGUAUGAUCUGUUUUUUCUUGUAUAAAUGUACUAAAUGCUGCCUAAAAAGUAUUGUUUCAGGGUGGGCCACCUAUGUUUACAUAUACAAACUAUUAAGUACAUACCAGAUAUUUGUAUUUUUGUCUGUAUAAGCUUGUAUAAAUGUUUUAAGUGUUGUAUUAUAAUAUGUAAUAGGCAAUGACCUAUAAAGUAGCAAGACAAACAGAGGAUGCAAGGUGUCCUAUUGUGUCACUACAUUAGUGUGAUAUGUAAUGUUGGAAACAUGGAUUUCAGGAUGAAGCACUGGCAUUAGUGUUCCAUUGUAAGGUAAUAGCUUAUGACUGAUGUCAGUUUGCCACACUAAUCUGCAAUGGUGGCACCAGGAAAUUUUCACGGGGAGGGGGUGGUAAAAUGUGGAGGGGCUUAACAAACUGUCAUCAAAGUGAAGUAUUUUUGGUAAAUUGCUAUAUAUUUUAGUACUAAGGUACAUUUCAGACACCUAUACACUGAGAAUAGUGUCAAGGAAAUCCAGAGUAAUGUAUAUUCAACAUUUAUUACCAUUAAGGUAAGAGCCACUCUAUCAAAAGAAAUAAAAUAUAUAGAUAUGUGUGAGUGCACAGUUACCAUGGCAGAAAAGAAUGAUUCUCUAUGAAGUUAAUACAAUCUGAGAAAGAAUGAUAAAAGUUAGAGCAUGGCAAACAGUCCAAGAACUUUAAAACAAAUUGCUUCUUCAAAAUUAUGUGUCUGAUCGGGAGAUAGGCAGCAAAUGUGUUUAUAAUAGUAUCAAUGUUCAGUGUUUGGCCUUCCUAGAAUUAACUGAUAUUACAGCAAAAUUGGCAAUAUUGGAGGGCUGAAGGGGGGAUUGGCUCAUUAUUCUGGGAUUAAAGCCCUCCCCUUGCUGCUGCCACUGAUACCAAUAGUGCAUAGCUGGUUAUCAUUUAUUAACUUGGUAGAAGAAAAUUAUUCAUAAAAAUUUAAGAAGCCAGGUUUCAUUGUCAUGACUGGAAUGAUGCUGACAUAGACGGACAGAUAGACUAGUAUAUUUUUCCCAGUGAUAUUUGUUCUCAGUGAAUGUUCUACAGUUCCUAGUUGUUGUUUAGGGUUAUUCUUUAGUAUAAAGACUUAGUAUGAAUAUAUUAUGACUGCCAGUCAUUCAUACUGGAUGAUUAUUUUAGAUUAUUUGAUAAAAACUCAAAAUAAGAUAAUGUGUGUAUUUGACUUGCAUCUUAUUAGUAAGGUUCAAGGAAAAUGAUCUUAAAAAAAAGGUUCAAUUUAAAUUUUUAAAAAAGGAAAUUGUAUAAAAAUAAUGUUAUUUUGCCUAAUAGAUAAAUUAUACUCUCUGAAUCAUCUCUACUAGAACUUUUUAACCUUUCUAAUAAUUCUACUGUGAUUAAUAAUUAACUAUAGUAUAAUGUAUGUUUUUGCAUCCCUGACUGCACUCCAUAUAUCUCAUUUAUCAACCAUUUUUAUGAUAUUUGUAAUUAGAAAUUCCAAGUACAGUUAUCAUGUAGC